AUGUUCAUUGUGUACUUCAUUGCCGGACUGAAGAAGCUGGACAUGGACUGGGUAUCAGGCUACUCCAUGCAGUCACUCUCCAAACAUUGGGUCUUCUCCCCGCUGCGGAUGCUGCUCACAGAAUCUCAAAUUGACUUGUACAUAGUUCACCUUGGUGGCCUUCUCAUCGACCUGUCCAUGGGUUUUCUCCUGUUCUUUGACAAAACUCGUGUGUUUGGACUGGUUGUCUCAGCAUCCUUCCACCUUAUGAAUUCUCAGCUUUUCAGUAUCGGCAUGUUCCCGUAUGCCAUGCUGGUGAUGCAACUUAUUUUGUGCAGUACAAGUUGGCCUCGGAAAUAUUUCCAGAUGAUCCCACCCUCUUUGAGAUUGUUCACUCCAGAGGAGAUGGAAUUUAAGUCUAGUGACAGCUGCGUCUACCCUAAAGUUUGUGUCAAGUCAGAGGCCUACACCAGCAGAUACCAGAUGGCGUACUCAAAAAUAGCUCCACCUACCUCUCCCAGAUUGAAACACAAACUAGCCUCCUUAUUCACCAUCUUGUUUGUUGCAUGGCAGUUUUUCCUCCCCUACUCACAUGGAAUCACCAAGGGAUACAACAAUUGGACAAAUGGACUGUACGGCUACUCAUGGGAUAUGAUGGUCCACAGCUGGUCCGUGCAACAUAUACGUAUCACAUAUUAUGACAAGGAUACUGGCCGCUCAGGAUAUCUCAAUCCUAAUGUGUGGACAGGGGGCAACCAGCGUUGGUCGUCCCAUGGAGACAUGGUCAAGCAGUAUGCCCAAUGUAUCGCUGACAACCUGCACAAAUACAAUAUCUCCAAUGUAGCCUUGUACUUUGAUGUGUGGAGAUCAUUGAACUCACGCUUUCAGCAGAGAAUGAUCGACCCACGUGUGGAUAUGGUCACAGCAGGCUGGAACCCACUUCUCCAACCUUCCUGGCUGAUGCCUUUAAUGGUGGACUUGUCCGACUGGAGGACGAAGCUGGAGGAGAUUAAAAAAUCAUUGGACGCUGACACCCCUGUUGAUGUUGUGUUUGUAGCAGAUUUCCCAGGUAUGUACCUGGAGAACUAUGUCCAGCCAGAUUAUGGAAACACCAGCAUCACGGUCCUCGCCGGCGAAGUCAUCCUGGAACUUGUGGAUCUAAAGAAAAAUAUUACUCUGGGACCUGAUAAAUCAGUCCAGAUUGCGGCCGACACCUUUCACAAUGUGCACACCGUGUCAGAAACACCUUCCUGUUACUUGUACAUGUUCGUCAACACGACCGAGGCCAGGUUUCUCCAGAAAUACUCCCAGUUUGAGGAAGACUACAACAAGACACAAUCAUUGAAUGAAACUUUACACAAACAUCAGCGAGACCCAAAUGUUGCCCAGUAUCAACAGAUGCUAGAGUCUAAGAUGGCAGAAGAGGAAACUGACAUACUCCAAACAGUCUGGCAAAGAUUCACCUCAUUCCUGAAAAAGAAAUAUAAUCUUUUGCGGCGAAGUAUCCGUCUCAGCGCUGGAGCCAUCUACUGUCUGUUGACAAACAAUUCAUUCCCAGAGUUCCUCAAUGCAACCUACCAGUGGGAGGCCACCAUGGCUGUCAAGAAAUAA